UGACGCGGCCGCGCGGCCUGAGGUAAACAAGCGCGGCCCCGCCUCCCGGCCCCUAGGCUGCUCCGGGCCGGCCGGGCGCGCUCCAGCGGGGCGGGCGCCUUCCUCCGACUGUCCCCAGCGGCCGCUGCGGGGCCGGAGCCGCGGGCGCGGAGCCCCGGCUGUGCGGGCCGAGCGCGCGUCCCCUCCCUGCCCCCACCGCGCGCUGUGGCGCAGUAGGAAUUUGGCGGGGACCCGGGUGCUAUUCGCAGCUCCUGACGCACCGGCGCCCCUGCGGGGCCGGGGGGGGGGGUCAUUUCUAUUCUAGGGGCCCUGGGUCAUCGCGCUCGGCCGGCCCCCUGCCCCGAGCCCGGAGGGUGUGUCCCCCCAGCGCGGGGCCCGCCGCGCCUAUAAGGGGGCCGAGCGGCGGGCAGGGGACAUGCAGCUCUACAGCAGCGUCUGCACCCACUACCCAGCCGGCGGACCGGGACCCACGGCCACCGCCCCCGCGCCGCCCGCCGCCGCCAGCGCCCCCUUCAAGGUCUCCCUGCAGCCGCCGGGCCCCGCCAGCAGCGCGCCGGAGCCCGAGACCGGUGAGUGCCCGCCCGCCGCGGCCGCCGAGCCCCGGGAAGCCGCCCCCGCCGCCAAGAUGCCCGCCUUCUCCUCCUGCUUCGAGAUGGUGGCCGGGGCCGCCGCCCCCGCCGCCGCCGCCGCGGGCCCUCCCGGCGGGGCGUGCAAGCCGCCGCUGCCGCCGCACUACACGUCCACGGCGCAGAUCACCGUGCGGGCGCUGGGCGCCGAGCGCCUGCUGCUGCCCGAGCCCGGCGCCGCGCCGCCCGCCGGCCCGCGCGGCCGCUGCUUCCUGCUGGCGCCGCCGCCCGGCGUCCCCGUGCCGCCGCGCCGGGGCUCCUCGGCCUGGCUCCUGGAGGAGCUGCUGCGGCCCGACGGCCCCGAGCCCGCCGGCGGCCCGGACGCGGCCCGCCAGGGCGCCGAGCGCAACUUCCGACUGAGCGAGCACCGCCAGGCGCUGGCGGCCGCCAAGCACCGCGCAGCCGCCGCCGCCCCGCCGCCGCCGCCCCCGCCGCCGCCGCCGCCGCCGCCGCCGCCGUCCGGCAGCCCCGAGCCCCGCGGCGGCGCGUGGGCCGAGGAGCCCCGGGCCGAGCGCGACGGCCGCCGCGGCUGGGAAGUUGCCGAGCGCUGCGAGGCGGGCGGCGCGGAAGAGGCGGCGCGGCGGCGGCCCGCGCUGGAGGCCGAGGCGGCGCCGGGCCCCGGCCGGGAGGCGGCUGCGAGCGGCGCGCCGGCAGCCGAGGCGACGAGCGGCCCGGCCCGCGCCGACCCCCGGGACGAGAAGCUCGCGCUGUACCUGGCCGAGGUGGAGCGGCAGGACAAGUACCUGCGGCAGAGGAACAAGUUCCGCUUCCACAUCAUUCCCGACGGCAACUGCCUGUACCGCGCCGUCAGCAAGACGGUGUACGGGGACCAGAGCCUGCACCGCGACCUGCGCGAGCAGACGGUGCACUACAUCGCCGACCACCUGGACCACUUCAACCCCCUGAUCGAGGGCGACGUGGGCGAGUUCAUCAUCGCGGCCGCCCAGGACGGCGCGUGGGCCGGCUACCCCGAGCUGCUGGCCAUGGGGCAGAUGCUGAACGUGAAUAUCCACCUAACGACUGGCGGGAGGUUGGAGAGCCCCACGGUGUCCACCAUGAUUCACUACCUGGGCCCCGAGGAUGCCCUGCGGCCGAGCAUUUGGCUCAGCUGGCUCAGCAACGGGCACUACGACGCGGUCUUCGACCACUCCUACCCGAACCCCGAGUAUGAUCACUGGUGCAAACAGACUCAAGUGCAGAGGAAACGCGACGAAGAACUUGCCAAGUCCAUGGCCAUUUCCCUGUCCAAGAUGUACAUCGAGCAGAACGCAUGCUCCUGAGAUGCCCGGAAGCCUGCACCGUGGGAAAAUGGCAACCGCAGUUGUGUUUGGAGACAUGUAUGAACUCUAAUCAGGGGAAUAGCACUUUUGAACUUCCUAGUAGAUUUGACUGUAGAGGUGAUGCCUUAAUCAUGUUUUUGGAAUGUUUCCUCCGCAGAGCUGAAAGGUUGCUGGGCACCUCAGUGAUGUAUCAUGAGAGCUUCGGGUGAUCCUACUACUAUUUAUAAUUUGCUGUAUAAAACUUAGCGCUAUUCAUUUGCAAGCUGAUUUCUCACCGUGUAAAUGGGCUCAUUCCUGGUAAUCUAUUUUCUAUAAGAUUGUAUUUUUGCACAACAUUUUUUAAAAAAAAAAAUCGAUGUACCUUCCAUCUAUGAUGUGUUCCAUUUUGACGAACAGCUUACUGGCCUAAAUCCAGAGAAGUGCUUUAAAAUGAAUUUUUUUGUUGUUGUUUUUUGGAAUAGAGAUCGUGAUUUAGCAGCUGUUUUAUGUUGUUGAAUUAGAAUUUUUAGAUAGUUAUUUCAAGUGGAUAUUGAUGAGUCUGUGUAACCAGUUGAUUGGCCCAUUCCAUUUUGAGGAAACUGUUUUGUUGUUCUGAAAAUUACUAUUUUCUUAGAAAUGGCCAAUCUUUUAAAUGGAAAUACCCUAAAGGAAGAUUGUGGGAAGAAUUUUUUUCUUUCUUUAAGGGUAGUACCAGUUCUUUCUUGAAUGAAAGUUUUGAUUAUUUGCUGAUGGCAGAAUGAUUGUCUCUCCUGGUAAAUGUUUAGAUUGCCUGGUGCUCUCAAUGGUUUUUAAUUUAAAAUUUUCAUUUUUUUUUGUAAAAGAAUUUUAACAUGGUAUAAAACUUUGCGAUAAGGUUUUAGCCUCCUGCUUCCGAUAGCUGUUUGGGUUCAACCGAGUGAGAGACUUUAAAACUGAUAGCAUAAAUGCCUCAAGUCAACUUUUGGCAGUUAUUUUUCAGUAGGAGAAUACUGAUUUAAUAUUUUAUUUCUUUUAAAUUCUUCCACAAGGCAAAAUAGGAUUGCCCUGUCUUAUGUAAAAAUAAAAAUGUAAACAGAGCUUGUAUGGUUUGCUGGGUCAAACAGUGUUUCCAAACUAAAAAUCUAUCUCAUUUCCACUUUAACUACUUUUAGUCAUAUUUAUUAAAGUAAUGCAGUUUGUACUUUUUUAUUUUGUAAUAUGUUGUGAUUUUUUUUGUACAAUACUGUGUACAGUAGAGCAAUUCUCAGCUGAUGAAAUGAAUGAAUAAAUGCAUACUUUUCUUUUACGUCUA